AUGAGGACCCAGCUUCAUGGCUGGCAACCAGGUAUAAAGAAUCCUUACAGGGGGGCGGUGGUCUGGCAGGUUCCUGAAAAUGUUGACAUUACGGUUACGCUGUUUAAGGAUCCAAACGCAGAUGAAUUUGAGGACAAAGACUGGACAUUCAUCAUAGAGAAUGAAACAAAGGGUCAUCGGAAAGUUUUAGCAUCAGUGGAUGUAAACAUGAAGCAAUAUGCGAGUGCUACUCCGGCUCAACUUGAACUGGCUCUUAAACUAAAGCCUCUGUCUGUGAAAGUGGUGGAUGUCACACUCAAACUCACUCUGUCCUGUGUCUUCCUGAAAGAGGGCAACGCCACAUUCAGCCGGUAUUUAUAAUGAAGAUGAUGCUGGAUAUCGCUAGCAGGUGUGGGUGAUUGAAGACGAGUGACGGGAGAGGGAGCGUGGAGAAUACUGGGAAGUGAAGUCGGGGGGAAGACACGGGAGAAACAGGCAGUAGCUCUUCACUGAACGCAAU